AUGUCGUCGGCAGCUGUGACGUUCACCCGCGCCGCCAGCGCCGCCGCCGCCCUCCUCCUCUGCACCGUCCCGCCCAGCCACGGCGCAAGCUUCCUGCGCGCCGGGCAGGUGACCCGCCAGGACGCGGACGCCGCCUUGCGCUCGGAGCUCGAGGACGGCCACGCAGCCCGCGUGGCGGCCUUCGAGGACGCCCUGCGCCCGAUGCACUCCGCGCUGCCGAAGGACGAGCACGGCCACCUGGAGCACCAGGCCGUCCGCUACGCGCUCCACCGCCUGUUCGUGCAGCGGCACGGGUGGUACAUCAAGGGCCUCGACCCGAACGGCCCCGCCCCGAGCCCCAACGGCACCGUCGACAACGUGUCGCAGGACUGGCUGCCCGCCUACCUGCAGGCCGGCCUCGAGGCGCGGUCGGACGAGCGCGGGGCCGGGCUCCACGACCUCGCGGCCCUGGCCGCGGCGCUGGAGGACCUGGUGCAGAAGGAGGCGGUGGACCGCUUGCGCCUGGCCUAUGAGGUGCUCCAGCUCGACCCCGCGGGGAGCCUCGAGCGCGGGCAGGCGGAGGACGUCAUGUUCACCGCCUUCCUGUCCUUCCUGGUGGCCAACAAGUUCUCCGCGGAGACCCCGGCGGAGGUGCACAGGAAGCAGCAGAUCUUCGUGAGCAAGUACAAGGACUGGGAUGCCGCGAAGGACUGGUUCGCGGCCAACAUCAUGGAGAACAGCUCGGCGCCGGACGGGACGUAUGACAUCAGCGCCACGUCGCGGAUGGCCGUCGCCAUGGGCGAGAAGUACCACACCCUGAACGACCUGGAGUGCAAGAGUCUGAAGUCGACGAUGCUGGAGCUGGAGGACCGAAAAGCAGGCAGGGUGCAGCUCUCUGCGUUCUACAACCAGAGCAUGCACAGCCACUGGAGGUUCACCGAGAAGGCCGAGUACCUCAGGAGGAUCGGUGCCCUGGACGAGACCAACGCGACGAAGCCCAUGGUGAUCGUCCCCAAUUACGUCAUGGGCCGCAUGAACUGCCUCGAAUCCUCUGGCAUCUACUCCCUGUGCUGCCAGAACGAGUGCGAAGACCUCCUGGGCCGCCUCGAGAAGGAGAUCGGGGCGCCGAACGCCGCGCCGGACCGCGUCCUGCGGCUGGUGGCCGCCCUGGCGUCGGACACGGUGCCUGCCCCGCGCGCCCUCCCGGGCGAGCUGCGCAGCCGCCUCCUGGAGGUCGCGGCGGGCAACGGCGGCCUCGUCCCGCUGCACAGCCGCCUCUUCGCCCAGUGGAUGCACCACGCCUACCCCCGCGAGUGCCCCUACCCGCACGAGCCCGGCACCGCCGGCGCGCAGACGCCGGACGAGUGGAUGCAGGAGACAGGCCACGCCAGCAACCUGGCGUCCGCCGAGGAGAUGCAGGCCCCGGCGGCCCGGCGGCCCUCGGAGGCUCGGACCGCCCGCGCGCAGCAGGCGCACAUGGAGUCCUGCCCCGUGGACCUGGGCGGCAGCGCGGAGCUGCCCUGGACCACCGCGGACGAGCACUUCGCCUCGCGGGGGCCGGCCGGCGCCGCGGCCUCCGCCCCGACAGGCCCCGCGGGCGCCGCGGCCGAGGCCCCCGGCGCGGCCAGCGACCGGCAGGCGCUGGCCUCCGGCGCCGGCCGCGGUGCAGGCCGCUUCUGGGCGCUGGUCGUGGCCGCGCUGGCCGCGGCCGCCGGCGCGCACGCCGUGGGCCCCCGCGGCCAGGAGGCGCCGGGCCCGCGCCGGGGCUCGGGCCUCCGGGGCGUGCUGGACGGGGUGCCCGAGGAGGGCCCGCGGGAGGAGUGGGCGAAGCGGGCGCGCCUCGCACUGCUGCUGGUGGCCUGCGUCCUGCCCCUCGUCGCGCUCGAGCUGCUGGACUACACCAUGCUGGCCGCGGCGGCCGUCGCAGGGCUCCUCGCGCUUGGGGCGCGCGCCACCCUCGUCGCCGCGUCGCCCGGCGGCAAGAAGUGCGCCGUGUGA